AUUCUUCUUGCGGGUAUGGUCAUACUGAAAACUUAUGAUUUGGUGCCCAGAUAGAGGCGGGUUCAGGGCAGAUGCAGGUUGGUUCAGAAAAAAAAGAGGGAGGAUGGGACUCCACAGGCAUUAGUGGACACAGGACGACAGGUGUGCUCAAGCGUCCUAUUGGAGCAGAUCUUGACAAAAGUAUCACAAUUUAGGCCUGAAGCAAAAUUUUCCCAUGAAGUGGUUUAUAGUUGCACUUGUUGUGUGCGCAACAGCACCCAUGGUGUUUGGAGCCACAGGCAAUGUUGAGUGGUGUUAUCAUCUGCCGGAGUGCAAUUACACCAAAUGGCCAGAAAUUGCUCCCCAGCACUGCAGCGGCAAUCGUCAAUCUCCCAUUAAUAUUGUGUCAGCAAACGCCACAGGUGACUCCAGUCUGUGGGUGUUCACAUUCUAUGGCUUUGACAGCACGGCCGCAAUGACAAAGAUUGAAAACACUGGAAAGACAGUCAAAGUUACCCUUGCUGGUGGUGUUGGGGUUGAAGGAGGAGGCUUGUCUGAACGCUAUGACAGUCUGCAGUUCCACUUACACUGGGGUAACGGCUCCUCAGUCCCUGGUUCAGAGCACACUGUGGACGGCAAACGCUAUCCCAUGGAGUUACACAUUGUAAACCUCAAGUCCUCCCAUCAUGGAAACACAACAGCGGGUAUCGCUGAUUCUACAGGACUUGCUGCUCUUGGUUUCUUCAUUGAUGUCAUGUCAGGUAAUGCAACUGGCCAACCUGAAGCCUGGAGAAAAUUGACUUCCUAUCUGCACAACAUUACAUUGAAAGGUCAGUCCGUUGCAAUUAGCUCUGCAAUUACUCUGAAUCAGCUCCUGUCUGGUGUGGAUCGCACAAAGUAUUACCGCUACCUUGGCUCGUUAACCACACCAACCUGCAAUGAGGCGGUGGUUUGGACUGUUUUCAAGGAACCUCUGAAAGUCUCCAAAGAUCUUAUUGACCUCUUCAGCACAACUGUGCAUGUCGACACAACCGCCAGCUCACCUCUUAUGAUCGACGUCUACAGAGGGAUCCAACCAGACCUGGCUGUCAGGACACAGAGUACUACAGGAUCUGGUUCUACCUUCAAACCCAGCUACACUCUGGGGAUUGUCACCCUGAUUCUUGCACUUGGGAGGAAUUAGCUGCACAAAAAGGGAAUAACACUGACACUGAUGUGGUUUGUCAUCACCUCAUGAAGUCGGUAAACUCACUGUUGGUGCAGGUAUUGCUUAGUUUCACCACUGCUCCCUUUUUCCUCUUUUGAUCAUUUUUUCCCUUUGUGACUGUUUUGAACUUGUUUGAACAAACCUACAUUCAGGGGUCUAAGUGAUAUAUUCACUUGCGUGUAAUUUUACUGACUAGUUACAGAAUUUGUACUUUAAGAUUUAUGGACAUCACUGAUUAGGGUUUGACUGUGAUGGUAUUUAUUUGCUUUUAUUUACACAUUUGUCAGAGGCUUAAAGUUUCAUCAGUUAAUAUGAAGAGUUGUGGCGGAACAUGCCUUUUUUUUUUAAUUUUAUGUAUUGUUUUGGACAAAUGUAAUUAGAGCCACUUUAAUGUACUGCCCUUAAACCAGGUACAGGUCCCUGAGGUGGGUCCUAUCAGGCCUAAAUAAGACGACCCACUUGGGGGAACUAAAGCUGUAUUUUCAUGUUCUGCCCUAUUGCUGUUGUGUUGUACCUCAUGUAUUUGUUUGUCAUUUUCAUGUGAUGAUGAAGGAGCUAAGACUUAGCACCGGAAAAACAUAAAACAACUCUCAUAAUGAAGUGUAGUCAUAUGACAAAACUGAAUGCUGUAAAUUAAAUCUGUGCUGUCUUUGUUUGAUGCGAUGAAAGACUGAGGUGCCACUCAGUUAAAUGAACACUAUUUAUGUACACAAUUUAUACCUUGAGCCUUGUAUUGCACUACUUGAACUUACAAGGACUGUGAACUUGAAUAUGUCAAAAUUAAAAUAUGGUACCAAAACUUUA